GAGGCGGGGCUCGGGCCCCGGUGGUGGCGGCUGGGCCACUGGGCAGAGUCUGGGAGCUGCAGCCGGGUCUGGUCUGGGGUGUCGGGUGGCCCCAGAGGACUAGGAGGAGGAGGAGGAGGCGCCGCUGCUCCUGUAGCUGCUUUCCCCCGUGGCAAAAUGGCUGACAAAGCCAAGUCAGGCAAAGCUGCCAACAAGACUCCCCCCAAGUCUCCUGGAGAUCCUGCCAAGGAGAAAUCAGCUAAAAGGCUCUCGCUGGAAUCUGAGGGCACCAACGAGGGGGCCGCCGCCCCAGAACUCAGUGCCCUGGAGGAGGCCUUCAGGAAAUUUGCUAUCCACGGAGAUACCAGAGCCACAGGGAAAGAGAUGCAUGGAAAAAACUGGUCAAAACUCUGUAAGGACUGCCAAGUGAUCGAUGGGAAAAAUGUGACAAUCACCGAUGUGGACAUUGUCUUCAGUAAAAUCAAAGGGAAGUCCUGCAGGACAAUUACUUUUGAACAAUUUAAAGAAGCUCUGGAAGAACUCUCAAAGAAACGAUUUAAAGAUAAGAGCAACGAGGAGGCGAUCCAGGAGAUACACAAGCUCAUCGAAGGAAAAGCCCCGAUAAUAUCAGGAGUGACGAAAGCCAUCUCCUCUCCAACUGUGUCACGACUUACAGACACAUCCAAAUUCACUGGUUCCCACAAGGAGAGGUUCGAUCCAUCUGGCAAGGGCAAGGGCAAGGCUGGAAGAGUGGACUUGGUGGAUGAGUCGGGCUACGUGCCUGGAUAUAAGCACGCGGGCACGUAUGACCAUAAAGUCCAAGGAGGGAAAUAGGAGUCCCGUGCGGAGAAGGAGCAAGCAUUGCCAGGACGGCGAUGCACACUGUUCAGGUUGGCAUGAAUGCGAAGGUGAUGAUGUUGGAAAUCGUUUUCAGGAACUGGAACUUAUUCUACCACCUGCUGAGGUCCUCACAACACAGGGCAACACUUCUUUACAUUCCUCAUGUUUAACGUGGGCAAAAGCAAAAGGGAAAAAAAAAGUCUCUGAGCUUUAGGCAAGAAACCAAAUGGAAAGGCCUUUUUUUUUUUCUUUCUGAUCCACACCAUAUCAGUAGCACUAAGAGGCCAAAAACAUUCCCAAAUGUUCAGUGUUGCUUUAGGGGUGAGAGAGGGUCUCCCUUUGCCCCUCAAAUGGAGUGUUCUCCUGGCCUGCUUCAUGUUUGGCAGAAUAUCUUUCAGAAGAACAUCUCCCACUUGAGUGGGUUGGGGUCUGGCCAUGCCUGAUUCCUUUCUAAUGAGUCCACUCUGUCCUCAGAGACAAAAUGCUGAGCAUUAAACUGGGAAGUAAAAGGCUGUUUUUCCAAAGAAACUUCCAUAGAUCCGUAUUACUUACUACCCUAUUUGCAAGCAGAGGAAGUUUCUUCCUGGAAAGCCAGAGAAAUGUAGCUCCUGGAUGUGAGCAGGGGGAAAACAGGGCACAUCUCUAUGUCUAAAGUCACCUCUUCCCCUUGUGUGAACCGUACCCACUUUAAUCCAAAUCACCAACAAGCAUAAAGAUCAAAACAACAAAACUGGGUGGGGGGAGGGAGAGGCUGGAGGCAAUUAGAGCUAAUCUACUAACUAGAACUAGAAAGACAACUAAAUUAAGCCUUAGGUGGCAGAAAACAAGCUUGAAGGAUGGCCACAAUUUGUUUCUAGGCUUACACUGCCACAUAGUGGGUGUGAAGGGCAUUGGGAGUCUCACGAACAUUGUUUAACAUGCAAAGGCUAAACCUAACACUGCUGAGGGGUUUUGCCCAGAAUUUGGCACACACUGCCAUGCUGUGUAUCUGUGUAGGGGGACAGGAGUCUAGUUCAUGUGAGCACAACUCCACACAUCUAUAUGGUGUUUGCUUUUAUGCUAGCUCUGAGGUAACAAAGUUUGAAAUCUCAAACAGCAAGGUCAAACGAAUGGGAAGAAAGUCUUAUGAGGUAGGACAUGAAAACUUCCCAGUUUACAAAAAGCUAAUCAUCCCCUCGCCUCUCCUCCCUCUCUAGAGCCGCAGAAAAAAGACUUAAGAGUUUGAAGUAAAGUCUUCUAAUAUUUAUGAAGCAUGUGAGCAGUUUAUGAAAGGCACUGGUUCUCUGAGUCACAGAGUCCUCAUUUCAUAUUACUUAAUGCAAAAAAAGAGUCCCAGCCAUUGCAACGGCUUUUAUGUUUUCUAUUUUGCCAGCAGAAGUCCAGAACAAACCUAUUAUUUGUCACUGCUUUCCCCCUCUUUGAAACUAAAACCAACACAUCAUUAAGUCCAAAACAUGCAAUGAAAAUGAAUGAUGAUUUUUUUUUUUAGCCUGGGUAUUUGCAGUUGACCGUUUAAAGCUUUGCUUUUCCUUUUUGUGAAAUGGAAUUCAUGCAUUAACUUUAAUAAUAUGUAACUUUGGCUAUUAAAGUUUAAUCAACUUUA